ACAUCGAGUCCGUUCCUCGACAGCCUCCCUCCCGAGCUGCGACUCCGCAUCUACGGCUACCUCCUCGUCUCGGCGCAGCCACUCAAAGGCCCCAUCGCACGACAAGGCAUGAGAUACAAUCUCGACACCAAGAUCCUGUGCGCAAACAAGCAGAUCUACGCCGAAGCUCGCGCCGUCUUCUUCAGCAAAAACACAUUCUACAUCUCCUCCUCAUCUCCUCCAGCCUUGUCAUCCUCCUCCUCCUCCCUAGAAGGCUCCGGCGCCUUCGAGCCGCCGCUGCAAGCCAAAGACCUGCCCCUGAUCCGGCACCUGGAAAUCGACCCGCUGUACUACCCCACGCAACUGACGACGCAGCCGGGCCCCGGCGGAUGGAAGCCCGUGUGUCCCGCGGCAGAGCGGUACAUCACGACGCUCACUCACGUGCUUUCCUUCGUGGGACGCUCGCUGCUGAGUCUCAGCUUCAAGGCGGACACGCGGCCGUAUGCGGGAUUCGCGGACGACGUGUUCGGCGCGCUUGCGGGGCUCGACGACGGUGCGGAGGAGACGCUGGAUGUGCGCAAGGUGCUCACGGGGUUCCAUGCCAUUGAGAGGAAUGCGCGAUUCCGCGAGGCGGUGCGGGAGCUCGAGGCUGUGCGGACUGUGGCUGUGAGUUUCUUCUUCCCGGAGUCGGAUUUUCAUUUUGUCAUUGAGAAGGGCGAGUUGUGUCGGCACGGGCUGUUGUUUCUUGCGAGUCAGACGAUUUUCGCACGGAGUGAGAUUAAAAUCAAGGCUUUGCUGGAGGGGAUGGGCGAGGAUGGGCUGGAC